UAUAGUAUGAUAUCAGACAUAAUCGAUUCACAGCAACUUGAAUUGGGACAGAAUAAUUUGGAAUUGACAUACUUUCCUUGGGUGGAAAUGAUUUUGAAGGGGAAAUCUCUCCAGACAUAUGUAACCUUCAAUACUUGAGGAUAAUUGACUUCUCACACAACAAAUUAUCGGGCUCGGUACCAGCAUGUAUUGGUAACAUCCUCUUUGGAGAUGUGCAUGAUCAUGAUAUCCUGCAGAUCUUUUAUGUCGAACCGUUUAUCGAGCUGUACGAUUCUCACCUGAUGAGUACUUACUACUAUUACCUAUCAGGCUUCGCCUUCUCUACUAAAGGGAGUCUGUAUAUAUACGGUGUCAAUUUGUUUGAUUUGAUGACCGGCAUCGACCUAUCUGCAAACAUGUUUGAUGGAGAGAUUCCUUGGCAGCUAGGAAAUCUCAGCCAUAUCAAGUCCCUCAAUCUGUCCUACAAUUUCUUCACUGGCCAAAUCCCAGCAACAUUUUCUGGUAUGAAGGAGAUUGAAAGCCUGGAUCUGUCUCACAAUGAUCUGAGUGGACCGAUACCUUGGCAGUUAACUCAGUUAUCGUCGCUGGGAGCGUUCUCCGUGGCAUACAACAACUUAUCAGGAUGCAUACCGAACUAUGGUCAGCUGGCCUCGUUCAGCAUGGAAAGUUAUGUAGGCAACAACAACCUCUAUAAUACAUCACAGGGAAGCUGGUGCUCUCCUAGUGGUCAUGUGCCAAAGGAAGAUGUGGAGGAGAGAUACGACGAUCCAGUCCUCUACAUUGUCAGUGCUGCCUCGUUCGUGUUGGCGUUCUGUGCCACCGUUGCAUUCUCAUUUUGCCAUUCAUACGGCCGAUCUGCAAUACUCAAAAUGUAGUCCACCCAGAAAAGUAGUACUGUAUGAGCAAUAAUAUAGCCAAGAGCUUUCUGAAACAUCUACCCCUGUAUGUAAUGUAAAAUUGUAAACUAUGCUAUCCUUUGGUUCAAUUUUCUGUUCCAUAAAAGGCAGCUAUCUGUAGUAGAAUAAUAUUGCACUCU